AAUCAGAAUGUCUGAGCCCUGCCCAGGCUCUCUCUCUCCGCCUCAGCCGGAGUUCUGCGUCGUGCUUGAGAGGAAGGAGCGGGCUGACCACAGCUUCAACUUCUCUCUGUACAACAUCACCACAUUCUGCACUCAAGCAUUUCUCUGCCGUGUCUCAACAGCACAGAUCUGAGAGCGUCUCACAACUGCAGAGAUCAUGGACAGAGAAAGACGCUGACUCUUGGCACUGCUGUUUUCAAGAUGAACGAUCGAUAACAAAAGGAAAGGAUCUUUUUUUGAGGAGUCGUUCAUACAGAUUAGACUCCAGAGGAAUUUACCCGAGUGAAGGAUUGUGCAGCUCAAAGUGUGCAUGAGUGUGUGCGGUGGGAUUUUUUAUCCUUUUGUUCCACAUGUGCACAAAGAAACCAGGGAAAGUUUUUAUGGACUUCAAUGACGAGGGCUGAGCAUCACAACAACCACUGCGACUGAAACCUUCUCCACCACAAACACCUCUCUCUCCUCCAAACACUUCCGCUCUCUGCUUCACCACAAAGAUCAGCGAGAUGAACGACACCGCGAGCACUGAGCCCCCGUGCGUGGAUUAUGAGGCUCUGCAGAUCCCGUUGGCGGUGCUCUACUCUAUAAUCUUCAUCCUGGGUCUAGUUGGGAACUUGGUGGCUCUGUGGGUUUUCUUCUGUGUCCAGUCCACUAAGAAGAACUCUGUGAGGGUGUUUCUAAUAAAUGCAGCGUUUGCAGACUUGCUGCUGGUGGCGUGUUUACCAUUCAGGAUUCUUUAUCACAGCCAGGGCAACGUCUGGAAGCUGGAUGCCACCUUGUGUAAAGUUGUGGGCAACCUCUUCUACAUGAACAUGUAUAUCAGUAUCACGCUGCUGGGGCUGAUCAGCGUGGACCGCUACCUGAAGAUCCACCGCGGCGCUGCGACGCCGUGCAGACUGCUGUCUGCAAAGUGGAGCAGCGUCCUCUGUGCAGUCAUCUGGAUCAUGUCCUUCGCUUUGACUUCGGUGUUUCUGAUGUCAAAGACUGACCCACAGUCAGUCUUGGACAACAGAUGUUUCCACUACAGGCAGCUCCUGAAUGCAAAGUGGAAAGCCUACAUCAACAUCUGUCUCCUGGUGGGCUUCUGGCUCGUUUUCAUCUCUUUGGUCGUGUCUUACGGAAAGAUCGCCCUCACACUUCUCAGGACGUCACAUGAGAAACCAGACCUGCCCAACGCCGCACGCUACACCAGAACUGCCAGAAAGUCCUUCUUCAUCCUCUUCCUCUUCACGGUCUGUUUUGUCCCGUAUCACAUGGUCCGGGUGUUCUAUAUAAGAACUCAGAUCACAGACACGCCCUGUUAUUGGAGGGGUGUGGCCGACCAAGCCAAUGAGGUGGCUUUGCUAUUCUCUGCCCUCAACAGCUGCCUGGAUCCCGUCAUGUACUUCCUGUUGUCGUCUUCAGUGAGGAAGCAGGUGCUGCGCUUGCUGGGCAACGUGUUGUGUGUGCGAGACGUUGUUGGAGUCAGUGGAACCAGCUCCACCGUGGAGUUCGAUGGGAGAAGUGGGAGAACGGACAGAGGGCAGGAAAACCUGGGACUGACCAGUAGUUAGGGAGAAGGGAGGAGCUGAAUCCAACCUGGCUGAGAUGUGAAGCUGCUCUGACACAGUGAGACUCCGUCGCCUUCAUCGUUAACAGGACUGCAACCAGUGCUGCUGACUCAGGAGAUGGCAGCAGCACUGUUUCUCAAAUUAUUCAAUACCGUCGCCCGAGUUGAUGAUGACAUUCUCCUCUUGUCCACAGAGGCACAAACGAUUCAGGAGCUAAUUUCAUCAGAGCUUUGUCAGAAGUGAACAAAUGUACCAGGUUAAAAACAAAAUGGUCUUUAAGCAACGUCAGCCUCAACGUUUUAUCUUCCCGUCUGUGCAAAUGAACAAAGCUUGUGAUAUUUAACAGCAACACUUGUACAGUAAACGUGUCAAUAAUAAUAAUAAUGAACUUUCUACAUUAAUUGUUUCAAGUUACAAGUUGAAUUUAUUCUAUUUGUUUACCUGAUGGAUCCGAGCCUGCAGUGUACAGGUGCUUAUUACAGAUCAGCUGAUACAGGGCUUAAGAGGCUCAUAUGAAUAUAUGUAUUGUAAUAAUAUAUUUGGGUAAAAGAUCUGUCUCAUUUAAAUUUUCUUUACACAAUUCAAAACAUAAAUCAUGUAUUUAAAUAAGGUUCCUUUGAAUUUUUAACAGAUCAUUUCGAAGAUGUAAAAUUGAUUCAAAACAUUUUUUUCAAUUUCUGUCAACUCUGAAUGAUACAAUAUAGUGAUUAUAUGAAUGAAACACAUUUAUGCUUUGUGAAUAAUUUGAAAUUGAAAUUUGGCGAGUUUAUGAUUUCUACAGUAACAUAGAGAAACAAAUGAAAACAGUUAGUUGUUAUUUAUUUUUAGAUAAAUCACGAAUCGUUUCCAGCUGUUUGAGGCUUUAAUGACAGGCACAGCAGAUCUUUGAGCUAAAUGCUAACACUAGCAUAUUAAGAUGAUCACUGACUGUUAAAAUGUUUAGCAGGAAUAAUGUUUUCUGUCUAACUUCAACA